AUGAGUAUUUUCUUUGUUGAUGUUUAUGGUAUUUUUACAGCAGAGUCUGAGCACUGCAUUAGCAGAAAUUCUGAAAUAACUUGCAAUUAUAUACCGGCGGAUAUUCCAGAUGGUACCAUGACAGUUAACCUCAGAAACAUAUCGGAUAGAAAAUUGAGGAAAGGAUUAUUUUCAACAUAUAAUUGGGGACAAAUAAAAAACCUGGAAAUCUCUGCAAGUACUGACUGGCUUGUAGAACAUGACACAGUAGGAAUUUUCGAUUCGUUUUGUUUCUUCGGAUUAAAAACUUUGGAAAUGUUACGUAUAGGAAUAGCAGAGAACAUAACAUUAGCAUCUGACUCAUUUAUUGGACUAGAAAAUCUAAAACAUUUAGAUUUGACUGGUUGCCGGCGGUUAUACUUGGAAGAGGUUCUGAAUGCAAUUGACGACAAUAAUGAUGUAGCAAACUUGCAGAGUCUAAACCUAGCUCUUCUUAAUAGUUUCCGAGCCGGUUUGACUUUUGAUGAGCGAUUUUUCAAAAUAGUGUCCGACAAAAGAGUAAGAAUGCUUGACAUAAGUUCAACUCAAAUUCAAUAUAUCAAUAUGACAUCUUUCUUUCAGCAUUGUUUUUACUUGGAAUAUAUCAAUAUAUCAAGUGCAAGGGUAAAUGAUUUUGAUGAUUAUCGAACAGAACGGUCAUGUCCAAAUCUCAAAUCCAUUGAUACCAGUUAUGUAGUAUUUCCAUCUAAAGUGAUGCCUAUAAACGGACAAUCAAAAAUAGUUGAACAAAAUGCAAAUGUAGCCAUGAAUUUUAAUUGGAUAAGGUCAAUACGUUUCCUGCAAAAUAUCCGUAGUUUAAAUCUGACAAGUGUUUUACCAAAAUGGAUAACGUAUUCCAUUGACAACGUAACCAUGAAUGUGUUUGGAGCCAAUAGAUUUAAGUUAGAAGUCCUAAGAAUUGGUAACAACAGUUUCGAGAGAAUCGAUCUAAAACUCAAUAUACCGGGCUGUCCUUUUGUGAAAUUAGAUCUCUCUGGAUGUAAUGUACGUUAUCUCCACCCGAAAGCCAUUUCAAGUUUUCGAUUAUUAUCAGACAUUGAUCUUUCUAGAAACAAACUAAGCAGCAUGAUGGUAGAAGAUUACAACUUGUUCGAAAAUAUUUUCAAAAAUCUAACCAAUCUACAGUCUAUACGUUUGUCUUUUAAUGAAUUAACAGGACUGCCAAAAUACAUUUUCGCAUAUAAUUUAAAACUUGAAUUAAUAGACAUAUCAGAUAAUCUGAUGACUAAACUGUCAUUUGAAGUAAAACACUUGAAGCUACUCAGGAUAUUAGAUGUCAGGAAAAAUAGGUUACAAGUCAUUGAUACUGCCACGUUUAAUACAUUUGAUAAUGUUAAACUUCUACUACAAGGUAAUCCAAUCCAGUGUUCUAAAUGUAGGUCACUUGCUUUUAUUAACUGGCUCAAGAACUCCGCAUAUAAUUCAGACAUUAAAUGUGAAAACAAGGACUCUAAGGAAGUAUUUAUUAAUGAUAUCACCAUUGGUGAAUUACAAGAGAUAUGUAAUAGAGCAAAAAUCAUAAUCGUAGUAUGUAGUGCAUCUGUUCUUGCAUUAGUGUUGGUGGUAGCAUUUAUAUUAAAAAUGAGGAGAUACAAACAACAACGACAAUAUCAACUAGAAAUGGAGGAUCGCAUUGCUCUUAUUAGAUAG